AUGUAUGAAGAUUAUGAUUUCUCUAAAGAUGAAAAAUGGAAUCUCUAUAUUAAAUCAGCUGACAAUUCAAUAUCUAAGGAAAGAAUGGAAUAUUUAAAAUAGAUUUGGUAUAAGGAAAAUGUGAACAGAAAGCAUCAAAUUGACAAUAAUAAAAUAUCAAAUGUUAAAGAGGAAUCUAAAUUACCAUAUUAUAUUUAUAGUACUGAGAAUAUAUUCAAAAUGUCAUUUAUGCUUUUACUGUUUAUGCAAGGAGUAGCUUAGAUAUUUGGAUAUCUUUUCAAUUUUUUAGCAUUGUAAAGACAAAUACGAAAUACUUAAAUUUAAUAGAGAAAACAAUAUGUGAAGCUUUUGAUAAAUAAUGAAUUCUUUCAUAAUUUAGUGUUUUUGUUCUUAUUUCACUUUUUUGAGAGAAUGCACAAUAUUUUCAUAUAUAGUCCAAUUCUUAUGCACUCCUGGGUUGGUAUUUCAGAAUUUCUAUUCCUCCAUCAUAAAUCAAUAUACGAAAGAAUGCAACAAUAUAUAGAUAAAACUAAGUAAAAUAAGGAACUUAUUAUGAUACAAAAAUAAAAAAUUGAAAUUAUUUUGUUUCCAGCCCUUUUGUUUGCAAAAUUCUUCUUUGAUAUAGGUAAUUGGAUAUUAGUAAUAUUUUAUCUCAUUUUUUUAAAAAUGAAAUACCAUACAAAUAAGAGGUCUAAAGUAGCUUGGAUUUAAAUUGAUUAUUUUAUAGAAUCCCAUUUGCCUAUCAUUAUUGUUUCUGCCUAUAGAGAAUUCAGAUAAAUUGCUGUACAUUUCUUUGUGGAUUGA